GUUUCAUCGUCGUAAUGGACUGCGAGAACGAGAUGUAAAUAUAAAAAAAAAGAAGAAGAAGAAAGUCACGUGACGCGCGAGAGAAUUGUCACUGAAGUGAACGCGCAUCGCACGCGCUCCUGCACCCAGAGACACUUCGGUUGUGAGAGCAGGAGCAAUGGACCAAAUUACCGACCGAACGGUCAUUGUUAAUGAUGCAUCUCAUUACUGAGAUCUGCCAAGCACAAGAACUUCUUCAUGUGGAUUUCAACUCUGUUUUCCUCCUGAUCUCGAGAUAUUUAGAGGGAGGCAGAAAAAUCCUCACACUUUAGAAUAAGACGUUGCCCUGGCGACAGCUCAUCCUUAUCACGAAUCUCACAAAUAUGCACCUCUGUGAUUCAGUGGGAGGUUGAUGAUCUCCAAGGAUAUUGUUCUGAAGAUUUCUGCUUCUUUUGACUCUUUCAGAUGCCCUGAGGAACCUACCAGGAACGAGGAAAUGGGGAUUUUACAUUUUCUGGUGUUUGUGCUGCUCGGAGACAGAUUGGGUCCUACACGUUCAGACAUUUUAGCGAAGGCCCAGGCCAGCGAGCGACGUGUCUUGGCACACAUUCCCGGUGACAUCAUUAUCGGGGCUCUUUUCUCCGUCCAUCAUCAGCCACCAGCCGAUAAGGUUCACGAACGCAAGUGCGGCGCUGUACGUGAGCAGUAUGGCAUCCAGCGGGUGGAGGCCAUGAUGCACACCCUGGACCGCAUCAACGCGGACCCGCACAUCCUACCCAACAUCACACUGGGCUGCGAGAUCAGAGACUCCUGCUGGCAUUCGGCUGUGGCUCUGGAGCAGAGCAUCGAGUUCAUCCGUGACACUCUAGUUUCAGCCGAGGAGGAAGAAGGCAUGUCUAAGUGUUCAGCUGAAGGUGGAGGGACUCCCGUAAAAGGGAAGAAGCCCAUUGUGGGGCUGAUCGGGCCCGGAUCCAGUUCUGUGGCCAUCCAGGUUCAGAAUCUACUUCAGCUCUUCAACAUUCCCCAGAUUGCAUAUUCGGCAACUAGUAUGGAUCUCAGUGAUAAGGCUUUGUACAAGUACUUUAUGAGGGUGGUGCCCUCUGACGCCCAGCAGGCCAGAGCAAUGGUGGACAUCGUCAAAAAAUACAACUGGACCUAUGUAUCUGCCAUUCACACUGAAGGGAACUACGGUGAGAGUGGAAUGGAGGCCUUCAAAGACAUGGCGGCAAAGGAGGGCAUCUGUAUCGCCCACUCUGACAAGAUCUACAGCAAUGCUGGAGAACAGAGUUUUGACCGUCUUCUUGAUAAGCUCAGAAGCCACCUGCCCAAAGCUCGAGUGGUGGCGUGCUUCUGCGAGGGCAUGACCGUACGUGGCAUCCUCAAGGCCAUGAGACGCCGCCGCCUAGUUGGAGAGUUUCUGCUGGUUGGCAGCGACGGUUGGGCAGACCGCUAUGAUGUCACUGACGGCUUCCAGAGGGAGGCAGCGGGGGGGAUUACUAUCAAGCUGCAGUCUGCUUACGUCACGUGGUUUGAUGAUUACUACCUGAACCUGCAGCCGGAUACGAACCUCCGGGACCCCUGGUUCCCUGAGUUCUGGCAGCACCGCUUUCAGUGCCGGCUGAAGGGACAUCCUCAAGAGAGCACCAAAUACAACAGGACCUGCACCAAGAAAGAGUCGCUCCGACACCAGUACGCUCAGGACACGAAGAUGGGCUUUGUGAUCAAUGCUAUCUACUCAAUGGCUUACGGACUGCACGCCAUGCAGAAGUCUCUGUGUCCUGGCUACGCCGGCCUGUGUGAAGCCAUGCGGCCAAUUGAUGGAGGUAAACUCUUAGAAUUCCUCAUGAGGACAAACUUCACUGGUGUCUCAGGAGAACUGGUGCUGUUUGAUGAGAAUGGAGACUCCCCGGGGAGGUAUGAAAUCAUGAACUUUAAACAAAUGAGUGAGGAGGACUAUAGCUACAUCCACGUGGGCAGCUGGGACAACAGUGGGCUGAAGAUGGAUGACAAGGAGAUUUGGGCCAACAGCAGUGCCAUCAUCAGAUCAGUGUGCAGUGAUCCUUGUGAAAAAGCUCAGAUAAAGGUUAUCCGUAAGGGUGAGGUGAGCUGCUGCUGGACCUGCACUCCAUGUAAAGAAAACGAGUUUGUGUUUGAUGAAUACACUUGUCGUAUGUGCGAGCUUGGAUCCUGGCCUACAGAUGACCUCACAGGCUGUGAGCCAAUCCCGGUGCAGUUCCUUCUGUGGGGAGAUCCUGAGCCGAUCGCCGCUGUGGCCUUCGCCUGCCUCGGCCUGCUCGCCACCAUCUUCGUCACUUUAGUCUUCAUCAGGUUCCACGAUACGCCGGUGGUGAAGUCCUCCAGCAGAGAGCUGUGCUUCAUCAUCCUGGCUGGCAUCUGUUUGGGGUACCUGUGUACGUUCUGCCUCAUCGCCAAACCGCACGUGGCCUACUGUUACUUGCAGAGGUUGGGAAUAGGGCUCUCGCCUGCCAUGAGCUACUCAGCUCUGGUCACCAAAACCAAUCGCAUUGCUCGCAUCCUUGCGGGCAGCAAGAAGAAGAUCUGCACUAAGAAGCCUCGUUUCAUGAGCGCCUGUGCCCAGCUGGUCAUCGCCUUCAUCCUGAUCUUGAUUCAGCUGGGCAUCAUCGUGGCGCUCUUCAUCAUGGAACCUCCGCAAGUGAUCUACGACUAUCCAUCCAUACGUGAGGUGCACCUCAUCUGCAACACCACCACGCUCGGAGUGGUGGCACCGUUGGGCUACAACGGGCUGCUCAUCCUCAGCUGCACCUUCUAUGCCUUUAAGACCCGCAACGUCCCCGCCAAUUUCAACGAGGCCAAAUACAUCGCAUUCACCAUGUACACCACCUGCAUUAUCUGGCUGGCUUUCGUGCCAAUUUAUUUCGGUUCAAACUACAAGAUAAUCACCAUGUGUUUUUCCGUUAGUCUCAGCGCCACCACUGCGCUGUGCUGCAUGUUUGUGCCCAAAGUCUACAUCAUGUUGGCCAAACCUGAGAGGAACGUACGCAGCGCUUUCACCACGUCGACGGUUGUGAGGAUGCACGUGGGUGACGGGAAAGCUGCCUCGGCCGCUAGCCGGUCUAGCAGCUUGGCUAACCUGUUCAGACGACGAUGCUCUGGCACAGACACAGUCAGUUCCAAUGGUAAAACAGUAACCUGGGCACAGAAUGAGAGAAGUUACAGGCCAAACCUGUGGAAGCGGAUCUCAAUCCACAUUAAGAAAAAGGAAGAGGCCAACCAGACGGCCAUUAUUAAGCCCUUCUCAAAGGGCUGUGAUCAUCCGCCAGACACAGGGGUGAAGCUGGCAUACGACGGGUCUCAGAAAAACCAGCGCUACCCUGUAACCUACUGCCCCCGGACCCCUUCGCCACUGCCAACCGUGUGCCAGCGGCCUUCGAUGCAGAGGCGUGAAAUGGAAGAGCGUGAUGGUGAGCGCACAUCAGUAGUGGCUAUACCCUCAUACCUGACGGAGCGCUUGCAGCACGGCAACCCACCCCAGACCUCCAUCAUGGAUCAGAUCAGCUGUGUGGUUAAUCGAUUCACGGCCAACAUUAGUGAGCUCAACAAUAUGAUGCUGCCUGGUUCACCGCCAGGAAAAGGCGUAAACGCCGCCGCCGCCCCAGUCCCCAGACCCUGCUCCCCUACUUUCCGUCUCCACCCGCAAGAAAGGCCGCAUCCAAGCACUGUCACCACCUACGCUGACGUGGUGGCCACAGUGAACACCAACCCUCGCUCUGCGGUCGGUAUCGCCGGGGGCAUCAUCGCCGGUGGGAGUAGCAGGGCUUCACCCGCCAGUCUUUUUGACAGCACCUACGACUCUUCGUGUGCGGUCAGGACCACUGAUUUUGAGGAUCUGGGUGCCUUGACACCACCUUCGCCAUUUAGAGACUCCUCCGUGGACUCGAUCAGCGAAUCUCCCACAUCGCCAGCCUCAGAGCUGCCAUUGUGUGAGCCCUGCUCUCCAAUAUACGACCAGCUGGUGUUUCGGCACUACAGCCAGAGCUCCUCUUCACUCUGAGAGAUUAUUCAGAGCGCAGGAAGGAGACAGAGAGGCAGCUACUGAGAUCAUUCAUCUGCUUAGAUUGCAAAACCCAGCUGUAAAUGUCAAGGAGUGUAAACUCUUAAUAUAGAAGCACUCUCUGAAGACGUUUUAUGGUGCUUGGAAUCCAGCCCGUCCUCAAAAUCCCAAUCUGCGUAGGGGAAGGCACUUCACCAAACUGCUUUUCAGAUAAUUAAGGAUGUACUUGAUAUGCUCUCGUGCUCUGACAAGUUUAUGGUCCUUCUUGGCAAGAAGUUACUGAUGUUGGUCAGUUUGUGUUCUGCAAGUUUUCCUGGAUUUAAAGCCACUAAUAACAUUCCAAUGACGUCAAUCUACACAGGUGUGAAAAAUUACAAGACUUACGCUCCAGGAUGUCAUUUUUAUCUCUCUUGUUGCCUGUCAGGAUGUCCAGGAUGUCUUGCACGGUUCUUCACAUACAACAGAAGUGCAAACGGUUGAAUGUAGGACCAAAUUAAGCCCUUGAGUGCAAAGUAGUUUGUUUAAAUAUUGGUCAUUUUUGUUAUUUUCCUAGUUUAGAGGUUGCAUGUUUUGCCACUUCCUAUAACUUCAUAUAAAAUAAUAUUUAUUAGUAUAUUUUUCAUAAUAAAUCAAAUAGAAGGGAUGUGAGGGCAGGUUUAUUUAGAUAUUGAACAAAUCUAACACUUUAAUAUAGACAGUAUGUCUUUCAGAUGAAUGGGUAUAUUAAUUUAUUUGAACAUGUCCCAGUAUUACUUGAAAUAUUUAAUAAUAAAUCACUUUCAUUUGAAAGAUGGAAUUUGAGAAAAUUAUACAAACUAAUAGGGUUCACUAAUUGGGUUCAGUGAGAUUUUUUGAAAGAAAUUAAUACUUUUAUUCAGUAAGGAUGCAUUAAAUUGACCAAAAGUGUCAGUAAAGACUAUAACAUUGUUUUUAAAUCAAAUAAAUGCAGCUUUGGUGAGCAUAAGAGACU